AUGCUGGAGGAUGGGCUGAUCCAGACUUCGCGGCAGACCUCGCGGCCUUCUUCGCGCCAUGCAGCGGUUUCACGGUGCGUGGACGACGAGCUGCUCGCCGCGGUGAACGAGGCGAUCGUGUCGCAGGCCUUCAAGUCUGCAGUUCAAGACUGCAAGUUUUGCGUCACCAUCGCCAAUCCGAAAGGAGAGGAUUAUCCGCUCGUCGCCGUGUCCAAAGAGUUUGAAACCAUGACCGGAUACACGAGGAGUGAAAUCCUCGGUGUGAACUGUAGGUUCCUGAACCAGGGGGUCGACAUGGACCCGGUCGACUUGAUGAAUCUGCGGCUUGCCAGCCAGACAGGCGCGCCCUUUACAGCCGUCAUCCCGAACCGCAAGAAGUCCGGAGAGCUCUUCCUGAACUUGCUGGACCUGCGAGGCUUGACAGUCGCGCGUGAUAGGACGGGUGAGGACCUCUGGUACUUGAUUGGCAUCCAGGCAGACGUGUCCGAACUUGGCGAAGAGCAGAUGCCAGCCGAUCACUUUGAUGAGCUUCAGAAGCUCUCGGACUUCGUCCGCGAGAGAUUGAUGCGGGAGCUGUCGACCUACGCACUGAGCCACUCGGAAGAGGAUGGACAGGAGGUCUCGCAGUACGAGCUGCUGCCAUGCCCUCUUUGGAGGCCUGGCGAGCCUUUGGGAAAUCGAGGCAAUCGACACCUCACCAUGAGCUCGAAGGACGACACGAACCACACCUUGCCGCAGACGAAAGGGGCCGCAGCGCUGUCUAAGCUGAAGCUCUCAUUGCUCGGGGUGAUUGCUUUGGGCGGUUUGGCAGCGCUGGUGCUGUCCAGGCCGGAUUGGUCUUCAGUCUUCUGGAUGGUUGUUAGAUGUGCUCCCUUGAUCUCCCUUGCACAGGGCGCUUUCGGCCCGAACAAAAGGUUUCGCACCCGCGAGGGCUACAGCAAUACACAGGAUGGGAGUUUGGUAUUCGUGAGGGCCAAGCAUCAGAUUCCGCGUGGCCCUGCUUCCUGUCGCCUGACGCACGUUGGCCAAGUCAACGGAUAUGCCGACGAUGUGGAAUUGUCGGCGCUAUUUAUCAACAAGGUGUCAGUUGGAGGACCACUGGUCCUGGGCCGGUUUUAUCCUGGUACGAAUUGGGACAUAGAUUUCAGGAAGUUCACAAGAGCCUGUCUGUUCUGGACCACAGCAAACUUGACGAUGUGCCACAUUGACCACAUUGUGCCAGUCUUUGUUGCAAAGCUCAUGCACCGCUAUGAGGGCUCCGCUAUGAGGGCUCCGUAUGAAGGCUCCGCCAUGAAGGCUCCGCCAAUGAAGGUCACAAGAAAUGCCUGGGCACUGCGCUUGGGUCUCAGCGCUGGCUUCCAUGUGUUGGCCUUUCCGCCAGAGACCCUGCGGGAGUACGAGCCGAACACCUUAAAGCAGGCGAUGCUCGAAAAUGUGGAGAUGCAGCCCCCGGCGGCUGUGCUGCAGGACCCCAGCCUUGCGAAGGACCAUGCUCAGCACGAUGACGCCAUGUCGGAGAGUUACUUCGCCAGAGAGCUGGAGGAGUUCCGUGGGGGUGGCAUGCAAGGACCUGAUGGCAACCGUCCGCUUUUCACCUUCAAGUCAGGGGCCACGUACAAGGGCCAGUGGCAGAACAACAAGCGCCACGGGAUAGGUGCGCGCCGCUCCCGCUGGUUUUAG